CGUUCCUCCGUGUGGAUGUAUUUACCACAUGAGCGAAGAGGAACUCGAGGUGCUUCGCGCACAACUGGAUGACCUUCUCGACAAGGGCUGGAUUCUUUAGUUGUUCGCCAUACGGUGCGCCGGUUCUCUUCGUCCGGAAGAAGAACAAGGACCUACGGCUGUGCAUUGACUAUCGAAAACUUAACACACAAAAGAACGCCGACCCUCUCCCUCGGAUUGAUGAUCUCCUCGAGCGGUUGGGCGGCGUGAUGUACUUCUCGAAGUUGGACUUGAAGUCGGGUUACCACGAGAUUGAAAUCCAGCCUCAAGAUCGGUACAAGACCGCCUUCAAAAUGAGGUAUGGGCAUUUUGAGUGGGUCGUGAUGCCAUUUGGGCUCACCAAUGCCCCGACAACCUUCCAAGCAGCCAUGACAACGGAGUUCCGAGACUUGCUCUAUCGUUCCGUCCUCAUCUACCUCGAUGAUAUCUUGGUCUAUAGUAGGACGCUCGAUGAGCACCUCGUUCACCUUCGUGUGGUGUUGGAUCGUUUGCGAGCAGCCAAGUACAAAGCAAACCGCGACAAGUGCGAAUUCGCCAAGCAAGAGCUUGAGUACUUGGGCCAUUAUGUGACGCCAAAAGGCAUUCGUCCCUUAGCAGACAAGAUCCAAGCCAUCGUGGUUUGGCCGGAACCCAGUUGCACGACGGACGUACACUCUUUCAUGGGUUUGGCUGGAUAUUGUGAGCGCUUCGCCGAGUCUUACUCCAAAGUGGCAGCUCCUUUGUCGAGACUUCAGUCCCCGAAGGUACCAUUCGAGUUCGACAACGCAGCUCGUGGCGCGUUCAAUACGUUGAAGGCGGCGAUGCAAGACGCACCGGCCCUCCGUAUCUAUGAUCCCACCCUACCCACCCAAGUGACUACGGAUGCUUUCGGGUACGGUGUUGGUGCGGUCUUGGAACAAUGCCACACGGAUGGUUGGCACCCGGUCGAAUACUUCUCCCAAAAAGUGCCUCCCAUCAACACUCUCGACGACGCUAGGAAGAAAGAGCUACUCGCGUUCGUCACCGUUCUCAAACGGUGGCGCCACUUUCUUCUCGGUCGUCGACGUUUUAGAUGGAACACGGACAACAAUCCGUUGACCUUCUACAGAACGCAGGACACAGUCACUAGCACGAUCGGUCGAUGGAUGUAUUACAUCGACCAGUUCGACUUUGAGUUGUGCCACAUUCCCGGUCCCGCCAAUCGAGCAGCGGACGCCCUCUCACGACGGCCCGAUCUUUGUGCCCUUGUGACCACGACGUUCGAGCUCGACGACGAUCUGCAACAACAUUUCGUCAACGGCUACAAGUCCGAUCCGACAUACUCGACGCUCUAUGCGGACCUAUCAUCGGAUCACCCGCCGGCUGGUGAUUAUCGUAUCUCCGACGGUUUCCUACUCCUUCACACGAGAGGGAAGGACUUGUUAGUAGUGCCCCAAGAUCGCAUCUUACGGACUCGUCUUCUCGGCGAAUUCCACGACGCACGACUUUCGGCACAUCUUGGCGUGAACCGCACAUUGGGUCGCCUCCGCCAGCGUUUUCACUGGCCCGACGUUCUUCACGAUGUCACGAGGUACAUUGAGUCAUGUGCAGUUUGUCAUCGUAACAAAGGUCGAUCUACGGGCCCUUAUGGCGAACUGAAGCCGAUGCCGAUUCCUCGGGCAACUCAUCAAACCGCUCAAAUGAUGUUACGUACACUCAUCCGUCCUGACCAGAAAGAUUGGGUUGACCGGCUUCCCGACAUCGAGUUCGCCUAUAACACUUUGGUGCAUUCGGCGAUCUGCAUCACUCCAUUCUAGUUGCAUCACGGUGGAGAGAAAGCCCGAGUCU